AUGGCCUUCAGAUAUGUGCUCCUCCUCGGCGCAAUAGCUUCUUAUCAUGGAUUCAACUUGGAUGUGGAGAACCCCAUUAUCUUUCAAGAGAAUGCAGCCGGCUUUGGGAGGACUGUGGUUCAGUUUGGCGGAUCUCGACUCGUGGUGGGAGCACCCCUCGAGGCAGUCACAGUCGAUCAAACCGGACAGUUGUACAGCUGCGGGGCUGCAACCGGCUCGUGCCAGCCCAUCUCUGUGCGCAUGCCCCCAGAAGCCGUCAACAUGUCCCUGGGCCUGUCCCUGGCAGCCUCUACUAACUGCUCCUGCUUAUUGGCCUGUGGCCCAACUGUGCACAGACCUUGUGGGGAGCAUAUGUACGCAAAAGGCUCCUGCUUCCUGUUGGGCUCCCAUCUACAGACCAUCCGGACAGUCCCAGUGGCCCUGGCAGAGUGUCCAAAUAAAGAGAUGGACAUUGCCUUUCUGAUUGAUGGCUCUGGCAGCAUUGAUCAAAGUGACUUUAACCAGAUGAAGGGUUUUGUCAAAGCUGUGAUGGACCAGUUCAAGGACACCAACACCUUGUUCUCCCUGAUGCAGUAUUCAAACAUCCUGAAGAUUCACUUCACCUUCACCCAAUUCCAGAGCAACCCAAGCCCUCAGAGCCUGGUGAAGCCCAUCGUACAACUGAAAGGCCUGACAUUCACAGCCACAGGCAUCUUGGAAGUGGUGAAAGAGCUAUUUCAUAGCAAGAAUGGGGCCCGCAACAGUGCCAAGAAAAUACUCAUUGUUAUCACAGAUGGGCAGAAGUACAAAGACCCCCUGAAAUACAGUGACGUCAUCCCCCAGGCAGAGAAAGCUGGGGUUAUCCGCUACGCCAUCGGGGUGGGAGAUGCUUUCCAGGAGCCAGCUGCCAGGCAGGAGCUGAACAUGAUUGGCUCAAAGCCCUCAAAGAACUAUGUGUUCAAGGUGGACAACUUUGCAGCCCUCGGCAGCAUCCAGAGAGAGCUGCAGAAGAAGAUCUUUGAAGUCGAAGGAACCCAAUCAAAGACAAGCAGCUCCUUUCAGCUUGAGAUGUCGCAGGAAGGCUUCAGUGCAGUGCUCACAACGGAUGGACCAGUUCUGGGGGCUGUGGGAAGCUUCGACUGGUCUGGAGGUGCCUUCCUGUAUCCCCCAAAUGGGAGUCCCACAUUCAUCAACAUGUCUCAGGCGCAUGUGGACAUGAGGGACUCUUACCUGGGUUACGCCACUGAACUGGCCCUUUGGAAGGGGGUGCAGAGCCUGGUCCUGGGGGCCCCUCGCCAUCAGCACAUCGGGAAGGUUAUCAUCUUCAUCCAUGCAACCAGGCAGUGGAGGCCACAAGCUGAGGUCACAGGGACCCAGAUUGGCUCCUACUUUGGGGCCUCCCUCUGCUCUGUGGAUGUGGACAGAGAUGGCAGCACUGACCUGGUCCUCAUUGGGGCCCCUCAUUACUAUGAGCCAACCCAAGGAGGCCAGGUGUCCGUGUGUCCCCUGCCCAAGGGGCAAGACAGGUGGAGGUGCGAUGCUCUUCUCCAAGGUGAGCAGGGCCAUCCCUGGGGCCGCUUUGGGGCAGCCCUGACAGUGCUGGGGGAUGUGAACGGGGACAAGCUGACAGACGUGGCCGUCGGGGCCCCUGGAGAGGAAGAGAACCAGGGUGCUGUCUACGUGUUUCAUGGAGUCUCAAGAUGGGGCAUCAGCCGGUUCCACAGCCAGCGGAUCACAGGCUCCCAGCUCUCCUCAAGGCUCCGGUAUUUUGGGCAGUCCCUGAGCGGGGGCCAGGACCUCACCCAGGAUGGACUAGUGGACCUGGAUGUCGGGGCCCAGGGCCAGGUGCUGUUGCUCAGGAGUCUGCCGGUGCUGAAAGUGGGAGUAACCAUGAGCUUCAGCCCUAUGGAGGUACCAAAAGCUGUGUACCAGUGCUGGGAAGAGGUGCCCACCACUCUGGAAGUUGGGGAGGCCACAGUCUGUCUCAUUCUUCAUAAAGACUCACUUGACCAGUUAGGUGAUUUCCAGAGUUCUGUUAGUUAUGAUCUGACCUUGGACCCUGGCCGCCAGAUUUCUCGCGCUGUUUUUGAUGAGACCAAGAACUGGACUUUGACUCGAAGGAAAACCCUGGGGCUUGGGGAUCACUGUGGAACUGUGAAGCUGCUUUUGCCAGACUGCAUAGAGGAUGUGGUGAAUCCCAUCAUCCUGCGACUCAACUUCUCCUUGGCAGGAGACCCCAUUUUAACCCAGAACCUUCGCCCUGUGCUGGCUAUGGGUUCACAAGACUUCUUUACUGCUUCUCUUCCAUUUGAGAAAAACUGUGGACAAGACCAGCUCUGUGAAGGGGACCUGAGUGUCAGCUUCAACUUCUCGGGUCUGCAUACCCUGAUGGUGGGGAGUACCAUGGAACUCCAUGUGACAGUGACUGUGUGGAAUGAGGGUGAAGAUUCCUAUGGAACUGUGGUCAACUUCUAUUAUCCAGCAGGACUCUCCUACCGACGGGUAUCAGGGAUACAGAAACAGCCGCAUCAGGGCUCAUUACACGUGGCAUGUGAGGCAGAGUCCCCUGAGAACGAGGGCCUGAAGAGCAGCAGCUGUAGUAUCAACCACCCCAUCUUCUGGGAGGGCACUAGGAGCACCUUCACGGUCACAUUUGAUGUCUCCUACGUGACUACCCUGGGAAACAGGUUGCUCGUGAGAGCCAAUGCAAGCAGUGAGAACAAUAAGCCGGCAACCAACAAGACCACCUUCCAGCUGGGGCUUCCAGUGAAAUACAUAGUGUACACAGUGAUCAGCAGGCAGGAAGAAUCCACUAAGUACUUCAACUUUUCAACUUCUGAUAAGAAGAGCAAGAAAGAGGCCGAACACCGAUAUCAUGUGAACAACCUGAGUCAGCGAGAUCUAGCCAUCAGUAUCAAUUUCUGGGUUCCCAUCUUGCUGAACGGCAUGACUGUGUGGGACGUGACUCUGAGGGCCCCUUCACAGAGUCUCUCCUGUGUGUCAGAAAGGGAACCGCCCCAGCAUUCUGACUUCCUGGCCCAGAUUCCAAGGAGUUCUGUGGUGGACUGCUCCAUCGCCGACUGCCUAAGGUUUCGCUGUGACGUCCCCUCAUUUGGCAUCCGGGAGGAGCUUGACUUCAUCCUGAAGGGCAACCUCAGCUUUGGCUGGGUCAGCCAGACGCUGCAGAAGAAGGUGUUGGUUGUCAGCGUGGCUGAAAUCACGUUCAACAGAUCCAUGUAUUCCCAGCUGCCAGGGCAGGAGGCAUUUUUGAGAGCUCAGAUGGAAACUGUACUAGAAGAAUUUGAGGUCUACAAUCCCAUCUCGCUCAUGAUAGGCAGCUGCGUGGGAGGUCUGCUGCUGCUGGCUCUCAUCACGGCCUCACUGUACAAGUUUGGUUUUUUCAAACGGCAGUACAAAGAAAUGCUGACUGGCAAACCUGAAAACCCUGCCACAUUCAGAGAGGAAGAUGUCAGCUGUGAGGCCCCAGAUUUGCCUAUGUCCUAAUAAUCCACUUUCCCACUUAUCUGCACUUCUGUGAGCUCAUCCCGUCUCUGUAUACUUCUGCUUUCUUGGGAGCAACUUCCGUACAGAUCUGGACUGGCCCGAGGAACCAGUCUAGUGCUAAGCCACCUACUGGAGGAGUUGAAAAAUUUUUACAAAUUUUUAAAUAAAUCAUCAAACC